CAUGGAUGGAAUUCAAACUAGUGUGAAUUAAUUUUUUUUCCUGUAUGAAGCGUUACUUGUUCACUUUCAAGAAGCUACAUCAACAAACUUGGAAGUGGGUUAAAAAAUAGGAGUAGUUUAUUUUGUUUGAUAUGAGUAUUCAAUACGUUUUGGUAAUAGUAAGCGUUUGUAAUGGACACCGUGUGAACUACGAAUCUUGACUUCUUUCUAUUGUUUCUGUUGUUUUAUAAUGAAGUUUUCCUGCAUUGAAAGGAACAUAUUGUUAUUAAGUAACUUAGUCAAUGUUUGCAAUUUCAUUGUCACGCCAAAAAUCAAUUCUGCAUUGCAUGGAGUCAUUGACUGGAAUAUGUUCGCCUUUAUCUAGACUUUGAACUGAAAGAGACUGAUGUUAUGUUGAUGGUGGAAAUGUUCAUGUUGAGUUAUGGUUACCAUUGACUAGUGACAAAUAGUGGCCAUAAUGGUGAAAAUUUGAACAGAUUACUAUUUUUCCGCGGUACAUUAUUUAGUACGAAAUAUUGUUGAACAACGGCACUGUAUUUGAUCAAAUUGCUAUUUUCCGUGAUUGACAAUACUGUCACCGACUUGAUUUCUAUGCUUUUGUCUGGUUACUUUCCUGACAUAUAGAUAGUUUGUUCUCUGCACGUUAGAAUCACAGUGGUGGCAGCUUAAACACUAUUUGUUAGCUUGAACGAGGGGAAUUUGAUUGCAGGGAAAAGAGAAACAAUUUUUUGUUGUGGUUUCAACUUCCAUCUUCUGCACAAUAGAAACACGGUUUGAGUAAAAAGUUCAAGAGAAUACAAACCGCCUACCAUGGUUGGAUUGGAACUCAUACCGAUAGGUACAAUUUUGGCUGUUCUAACCAGCCAGGUUGUGAGAACAGCUAGUGCUGCAAAAGAUGUUCUUAUCGACAAAGAAAGUUUUAAUGUCCUUUCGAAACACCUGCUUGAUAUUGCACCAGUCCUAAAGGAAUUACAGCUUCAGGAAUUGAAUGAGUCUCAAGCUGCAAGGGUUGCUCUGGAGUCUCUUGAAUCAGAUGUAAAACAAGCAAGUAACUUGGUCGAGAAGUACAGGAACAGCGGCCGCUUUUACUUACUUAUGAAGUGUCGUUCCAUAGUCAAGGAAGUUGAACAAGUCAUUAGGGAUAUAGGAAGGUCUCUAGCUGCAUUGUCUCUUGCAAAUACUGAAGUCCUAUCUAGAAUUUCCGAUCAAGUCAACAAACUACAGAGUGAGAUGCAAAGGGCCGAGUUUGAGGCUUCGCAAUCUCAGCUUGACAUUGUUGAUAAGUUGAACCAUGGAAUUAAGGAGCAAAAACUAGAUCAGGCUUUUGCAAACAAUAUGCUCGAAGAGAUAGCGAGGGCAGUCGGGGUGCCAGUGGAGCCUUCAGAGAUCAGCAAAGAGAUAGCCAGCAUUAGAUGGGAAAAAGAAGAAGCUGCAAACCGGAAAGAAAGAGCCGAAGUUAUAUUUUUGGAGCAGAUCAUUUUACUACUCUCUCAAGCUGAUGCAGCAAGUGAUUACGAAGAAGUUAAGAAGCAAUAUUUUCAAAGGGUUCAGGUAAUAGAGCGAUAUGGUUCAAGGGAAAAAUAUAUUCCACCACUUAAUUCUUUUCUUUGUUCUAUAACUGAAGCUGUUAUGGUAGAUCCUGUUAGUCUUUGCACCGGUACUACAUGUGAGAGAUCUGCCAUCGAAGCUUGGUUUGAUGAUUGCAAUAUGAUUGACCCAAAAACAAAAGAGGUUCUUGAAGAUACAACUUUAAGGUCGAACAUUCGGUUAAGACAAUCCAUAGUAGAGUGGAGAGAACUUAAUUACUGCUUUAGAAUAAAGUCUAUCAGGGAAAACUUAUUAUCUAAUUUUGGCUUAUUAUUGCAUGAGUCCUUGAGUCAGAUGCAGGCUCUCAUAAGAGAGAACCCAAUUAAUAAGGAUUGGAUUUCUAUAGGAGGGCUUACUGAUAUUAUUAUCUCCAUCCUUGGGAAUUCUGAUUCUAUAGAUGUCAAGAUGAAUAUCUUGAUUACUUUGAAGGAUGCUGUUGAAGGGCAUGCAAGAAACAAGGAAAAAGUGGUUGAAUCUCAAGGAUGGGGUCACAUUAUUUCCUGCUUACACAAUGACUCUAGAGUAAUAAAGGAAGCAAUUGAUUUGCUCUAUGAGUUGCUUCAAGACCGUUCUGGUUGGAAUAGAAGUUUCUGCAAAAAAAUUUCUGAGCAUCCCAGCAUAGUUCAUUACCUUGUUACCAUUCUAAGGGGACCUGUCAGCGAUUCAACUGGGAUUGCAGAAAAGAUUUUGACGAAGCUUUUUGAAAUAGAUGAGGAAAACAUUUCAUGUGCUGCUAAGUUUGGCUGGUACAAAGCACUUGUUGAUCGCAUGAUUCAAGGAUCGGAGUCUUCAAGAAUGUCAAUGGCUAAAGCUAUAAUCAAUUUCAAUUUGGAAGAAUCAAAUUUAAAACUCCUUGGCGAGAAAGGAGUUAUACCUCCUUUGCUAGAAAUGCUAUCUGGAAGCAUUGAGUUGAAAGAAUUAUCAUUAUCAGCAUUGGUCAAACUAGCAGGAGUUCAUGCCAAUAAAGGAAUUAUUGCUGCAUAUGGAGGUGUCCCCAUUCUUCUAGAUUUAAUGUUCUCCCUUCGGACACGGGCGUUCAUUAGCAUUAAAUGCUUUGAAAUCCUUGAGAAGCUUUCUUCUUCUUCUGAUGGAAUUGGUUUCUUUAUUGACGGAGAAGGGAAACAACUCGAGUUAGACACCAUUAUCACCAAUUUGCUAGCUCUGCAGCAGCUUCCUAACUCAGCUCAGUACUUCCGUAAGCCUGCAUUGCGUGCUCUUCUCGGAAUUUGCAAGUUUGAGACAGGUUUAGUUAAGAAGGCAGUUCUGGCAGCGCACGGUGUAUCACUAAUUCUUCCCCUUCUUGAUGACUCUGACUCAGAAAUCAGGGAAACUGCCAUUAGUCUUCUCUUUCUUUUCUCGCAACAUGAACCAGAAGGAGUGGUUGAAUACCUCUUUAGGCCUAGAAGACUUGAAGCUUUAGUCGGCUUUCUUGAGAAUGAUGAAAAUAAUGAUGUACAAGUAGCUGCUACUGGUUUACUAGCUAACCUUCCUAAAUCCGAACGAAAACUCACUAUGCAAUUAAUUGACUUAGGUGGCCUAGAUGCAAUUAUAAACAUUUUGAAAAAUGGUACAAUGGAAGCAAAAGAAAAUGCUCUCAGUGCACUCUUUAGGUUCACAGAUCCCACAGAUAUCAAUUCACAGCGCGAUUUGGUUAGACGGGGAAUAUAUCCUUUGUUAGUAAAAUUUCUCAAUACUGGUUCAGUGACAGCAAAGGCAAGAGCAGCAGCAUUCAUUGGCGAUCUUUCCAUGAGCACUCCAAAGCUCACAGUUGUUUCAAAAUCAACAUUUUGCAGGUGUUUUCGACCAUCACGAGCUCCUUUAUGCUCGGCACACGGAAGUGUUUGCAAUGUGAAUUCCACAUUUUGUCUUUUGGAAGCAAAUGCUCUGCCUGGCUUGAUUAAGCUGUUACAAGAGGAGGUUCAUGCAACUGCUUACGAAGCUAUACAGACACUUUCCACAUUGGUUAUAGAAGAUUUUCCUCAAAGAGGAGCUCGUGUUUUGCACGAGUCGAAUGCAAUGAGACCGCUAUUGAAAAUUUUAAACUGGGGAAGUGAUUCUCUUAAGGCAGAAGUUCUUGGACUCUUGGAGAAGGUGUUUGUCUCAAAGGAAAUGGUUGAAUACUAUGGAUCAACGGCUAGAUUACGUCUAUUCCAUCUUACUGGCAUGAAUGUAUAUGGGGACGGCCACCUGAGGAGAAAAGCUGCCAGGGUACUGUCAUUGCUGGAACGCUCUUCGAGAUCGUCAUCACAUUCAGUCAGUGGAGUUGUGUUGAGUGAGAAUCUACGCCUAUGAGUAAGAAGUUAAAACAUAACUUGCUUCAAAAUCUUUUGCACUUAAAAACAAUGUCUUGCAUUGUUUUAGAACAACAUCGGAGUGUAUUUCCUGUACUUGUUUGAAGUGGGAAGAAAAAUGUUUAGCAUUUUGUGAUUAGAUUUCCAAAACUCUAAAUUUAUCAACUCAAAUUUGAUAUUGUAUGACUGUUGUCAAACUAUUUAUCAAUUCCUCUUUAGUAGAUGUCAAACCUAAAAAAGGAACUUAUUACAUUACAUGAUUUUUCAGAGGGCUCACACCACAGAAUGUCAGACCAGAUUAAGCCAGACCUAACUCUAGACCUAGUCCCAAGAGGCCUCACAAUAUCCAAGAGCGAAUCUAGCUUUCUUAGAAGAAUUAGCUCCCAACAAAGUCGCCUAAACACAGUAUAUCUAAGGGAUGCGACACUGACGAAAGAGACAAAAAGAUGUCUAGAUGAUUAUCUAUUGACAUAUGAAACAAUCAAUGCCAUUUGGAUCUACAAUAACCUGAUGAUGUGUUAGCUCUCAUAGGAAUUCUAUCUCCAAGUAACUGCCAAAAACAAUGAUGACUAUAGAAGGUGUCAAACUCUUUCAAAUAAUAGGGAGAAUUAGACCAAUACUAGUAGAAAUGACUAUAGAAGCCACUUUAACAAAAUACAAACCAUUCUUAUCAAGCGACUAACACUAAUUGUCCUCGUCC